AUCUACUACGCAACUUCCGCUAACUCGCUUGAGGAAAAUGGACGCCUUUGUGUCUGUUUUCUUCGUAUUCGCACUAUAAAUACUGUUUCCCCGCGAUGCACCAGAUUUGACAUGGCGAUGUUUACGCGGUACCGUGUAAUAUGCAAGUGAAAUUCGUGAGGUGAUAUUCAGUUGGGUGCUUAUAUUCGUGAUCGGUUUAAAAACGCGACCAUCCAAGUAGGCCACAACCACGGAUUGACAAUUGAGUGGAUAUCGUCUACGGGGAAAAGUUUUUUGCUAAAAGGCUUGACACGGUCAAACCCAAUUAUUUGGAGAACGCGCUAUAAACGAUUAAAACUCUAUUUACGAUCGGAAAUUGAUGCUCUAGCUAAUGUGCACACUCUGCCCGCCAAAAUUAUAUUACGCAUAGUACAUUUGAUGUCAUAAAUAAUCGUCUCGAUUGCUUGGGCAGAUUCUCGAGUGUUCUUUUGGAUAAUUCUCUUGUCUAAACAUCAUCCAGUGCUAAUGUUUUCAUAUGUGUGAUGUUGGAUGGUAGACUUUCAACGAAGAAAGGACAAAAAAUUGCUAAACAUGGAUCGAUUAUUGGAGGACCCACGUGCUUCGUCAAAGUUUGGUUGAAAUUUUAUUUUACAACAUGGGAACUUAAAAGAGACUUUGUUAAGUUCCCGAUAUAACUUUAGUGUUAGUGUUCUCUGACAAGAGUUGUUAGAUACUAUUCCGUUUAAUGUUGAAUGUGUUGAAAAGUUUAGGAAAUGCAAGUACAAAAAUAACAGCGAUGAUUAGUUUGGGUAUAUGUGGCAAAAGUGCUGCAUUUAAAUAUAUUCUGUUUCUUACAUCUAUAUUAUAUUGUGAGUAGAACUUUUAUACAAUGUUAGUGCAGUGCUUCAUAUAUUGGAUUGUUCUAUGAAACCAGAGGGAAAAGACAGAAACACUGGAAUUGAUUUUGAAUCUAUUUUUUGUCCAGGCUGUAAUGCCAGAACAAAUCAAAUUCAAAAUGAAUGGGGUUAUUCCGAGUGUACCAAUUACUACCCUCGCUGGUAUCGCCAGUCUUACUGACUUGUUACCUGAAAUGCCCCUACCAACGCCGCUGCCUCAAACUCUGACAAACAAGUCUCUCCUGUUUCAUCCAAGAGUGGCAGAAGAAGCACAAAUAUUGUUAAGCGUACGAGAUGAAAAUUUAGUACCCCAACUGAUAUGCUCUUUGUCACAAACCUCGUCGGAACAUAUAGAAUUGAAGGAUAAUUAUGCUAAUACUGAACAACCCUUGGAAUCAGAGCAGAAUACGCCGGAAUUGUUGAAAGCCAUUCUACAGUUAAAUCCACACGUGUUCAAAGGACCUCAGUAUAAUUCUCCAAGAAAUUGGUCUCAGGGUACUCAGCAGAUGCAUUCUAAUCAAUCACCAGCAAAUUAUGGCCGCUUCUCACCAUCUUACUCCAAUUCUUCAGGGUCCAGGCAAACGCCACAAGGUAGUCCUGCUCAUCCUGCUGCAGCUAGAACCGUACUCCCACCACCUAGCGGUAUUUCACAUGCGCAGCAUCCACGAAUGCCAGUUACACUUCAAAAUCAUGCAGAUAUUUCACAAAUGUCUCCUUUUGCCGUGCCUUCUCCAUCUCCUAGAGGAAAUGUUAUGACGGAACAAACGAGGACAUCUACUACGCCGCAGCAUGUACAGGAUGACUCCAAUUGUACAAAUCCUCUGUCGAAUAUAGCUCCUCAACCAAAUAUGUAUUCUCCAGCUCAUAUGAGCUCACCUAAUACACCUUUGUCGUCUGUGGGUAACGUAACGCCUCAACACCAUAACAUGGCGGGUAUGACGCCGCAACAUAAUAUGCACAUGACUUCUCCAAUGCGUGCAAACAUCCCUAUUCAACAGCAACAGCAACCUAUGAACAUGCAACAGAAUGUCUAUGAUCCUGCGAUAAAUCAACAAGUACAUCAUUCGUUGCAAAGUAACGAGCAUAUGGAUAUUAAUAGCAGUGUUCAAGCUAAUCAACAGUUUCUACUAGAUCCAGUUACUGGCCUUCCUGACAUAGAUUUACCAAUAGAGAAUAUUCAAACAAAACCAAGCAUAGAUAAUGUGGCACAAAAUCUAUUGUCAGGCUCGCAGACCACGUCAUAUCCAAAUCUUCAUGGUGUUAAUGUUGUUAAUACUUUAGAUCCUACUAAUAUUAUACCAAUGCAGCAUCAACAAAACAACAAUUCAGACAAAAUGUUAAAAAUGCCCACUAUGCCCACAGAUAAAAUGAAAGAACCUGUUGUUAUGUUGAAUAGAUUGUCUGUAGAAGAUCAGGCUCUUAUGCAGAAAAGCUUAGCUGCAUUUGCUGAGAAAUCUCCUAAUCGUGCAGCAAGGAUGGGAAUAACCAAUCGUGAUGAGGUGAAAAGUGAAUCUGAAAGUGAAGAAGAAAUAGGUAAACACAAUAAAUAUUUUAAAGCACGUGCAAAGGAACGUCAAGUUCAAAAAGAAAAAGAAAGAGCGGAAAGGAAAAAAAGCGAAGAUAAAAUUCGUAGGAGAAGAAGAAUAUUGGACGACGAUGAAGAGGAUGAAAAGAAGGAAGGAAUAUACUCUCCUUCAAAAGCUAAAAUAAGAAAGGUUGAGAAAAAGCUAGUUCCAGUUCUGUCUAAAUUAAGUGUAGAAGAAUUAAUGGAAACUAAUACGUAUCAACGAUUUAACUCAAACAUGGAAACAAUUUUUGAAAAUACAGAAGAUAUUGCAACUAAUGCAGAGUUGGAUGAAGAUGGUGAUGUGCCUCCAGAAUUACUUAUUCCUAAAUAUCAAUUACAUGAUUUAUGUACCGAAGCGGCUAAAUUGAAAGCCUUAGGAGCAAUGGAGUCUAUCCCUGCAGAUAGAUUGGUUAGAUUACUAAACAUAUUAGAGAAAAACAUUCGUGAUGGAGCACGAGUAUCUCCCUUAGCAGAUCCUGACGACGAUGUUGAAGAAAGCAGGUUAUGGAUGCAGUUGGCUAUGGAAAGGGUACAACGUGCCGUAGAUGCUUCUUUGAUAUCCUUACAUAUUAUGACAUCAAAUAAUAUGCCGAAGACAGUUUAUCUGGAAGAUGUAAUUGACAGAGUAGUUCUUUUCAUGAAAUUUCAAUUGCAAAACACUAUCUAUCCUUCAUUUGACCCUGUUUAUAAAAUAGACACAAAAAACAAGACUGACAAUUAUAAUUCUAGUGGACGUAAAAAAAGGGGCCAUAUGAAGGAAGUUCGGGAAAAGAGUAUACUUCAAGUUUAUAAUAAAAUGCAUGAAUUGGUUGGUCUCCUCGCCGAAUUAUUAAAUAUUCAAAUGUUAACGGAUACCAGUGUUCUUCAUGCAUCAACAUUAGGUGUAGCACCAUUUUUUGUUGAGUCUGUUAGCGAUCUUCAAUUAAGCGCUUUAAAACUUGUCACUGUAAUAUUUACCAAAUAUGAAAAGCAUAGAAGAUUAUUGUUAGAUGACAUUUUGGCAUCAAUAGCGAGACUUCCUAGUAGCAAAAGAAGUUUGCGCACAUAUAGGCUAAAUUCAGAAGAUCACAUUCAAAUGUUAACUGCAUUAGUAUUGCAGCUUAUUCAAUGCGUCGUGGUGCUCUCGGACAAUGUUGUACCACAAUCAAAAGGAUCUGUAAAGGAAGAAGAUGAGAAGAAGGAAGAGAAGAAAGAAGAAAAAAAAGAAGAGAAAAAGAUUAGUUUCAUUGAUGCUGAUGUUCUAAUUAUAAAUAAGUACGAGACAGCGACUAGAAUAGCUGGUAAUUUUUUAACUGUUUUCCUUAACAAAUGUGGAAGUAAAGGAGAAGAAAUUGAUUAUAGGCCAUUAUUUGAGAAUUUUGUACAGGAUUUAUUAGCUACAGUGAAUAAGCCUGAAUGGCCUGCUGCGGAAUUACUUCUGAGUUUACUUGGAAAUUUAUUGGUCGGACAUUUUUCGAACAAAGGUUCGGAUAUGUCGCUUAGAGUUGCUUCUAUUGAUUAUCUUGGAGUAGUUGCAGCUAGAUUAAGAAAAGAUGCAGUCAGUUCUCAAUGUAAAUUGUCAACCAUUGAUCAGAUCAUAAGGGACAUUAAAUUAGAACAACAAAAGGAUGCAGAUUAUGAUCAUGUGAAAGACAAGGAAAUCGUAGGAUUGAGCGAGGAUGAAGAAAGGAUGGUCUUUUUACAAAAAGUACUUUUAGAUUAUUUGGCUGUUAACGGAACAAAGGAUUCAGCUUUGGUAUGUGCUCGUCACUUUUAUUUGGCUCAAUGGUACAGAGACUGUGCAGUAGAAAAAUCUCGCGUAGGACAAUCAAAGAAUAGUCCAACUAAGAAGACACAUAAGAAGAGAGCUAAGAAAAAGAACAAACAUCAUAGCAGCGAUCAGGAAAGCGAUUCUGAAGCUGAAGAUCAGGAUGCGGAUGAAAACGACAAUAAUGAGCAGAAAAAUUCGGAAGCUUAUAGGCUUAUAGAAGAAAAAAAGAAAUAUAUUAUUACCAAAAUUAGACCGUACAGUACAGGAAAUAAACCGGACGUUUUACAAACCUAUAUUGAUUACAAUUCGGCUGAACUCAUAUCUCAGUAUCUUGCAUCAAAAAGACCAUUUUCCCAGAGUUUCGAUCGUUAUCUCAAACAAAUACUUCAUGUAUUAACAGAAUCAUCUAUUGCAAUUAGAACAAAAGCUAUGAAAUGUUUAACUAUGAUCGUCGAAGCUGAUCCAAGUGUACUUGCUAGAGUUGAUAUGCAGCUAGGAGUGAAACAUUCGUUUCUCGAUCAUUCUACAUCUGUACGAGAAGCAGCUGUCGAUUUAGUAGGAAAAUUUGUAUUGAGUAGACCAGAGUUAAUAGACAAAUAUUAUGAUAUGUUGCUAGCAAGAAUAUUGGAUACAGGUGUCAGUGUUAGAAAACGUGUAAUUAAGAUCUUGAAAGACAUUUGUAUGGAGUGCCCAGAUUUUCCUAAAAUCCCGGAAAUUUGUGUUAAGAUGAUCAGAAGAGUGAAUGAUGAAGAAGGAAUAAGGAAAUUAGUUAUGGAAGUUUUUCAAAAUAUGUGGUUUACUCCUGUAAGAGAACGACCCACUCUUGAUUCUGAAUCAUUAUUGAGAAAAGUCAUGAAUAUAACCGAUGUUGUGGCCGCUAGCAAAGAUAUGGGUUUGGAAUGGUUUGAGCAACUGCUGGUUAGUUUGUUUAAACCAAAGGAAGAUAAAGACGAUAGUACAAAAAUGCAAACUGAACCACCUAAGGCAUUGUUGACGGCAUGCAGACAGAUCGUCGAUUGUUUGAUAGAAAAUGUUCUCAGGUUAGAAGAAACUAAUCUAGGAGAAGUGGGUAAAUCAGAGAAAAAAGGAUCUUCACAGCGACUAGUCGCUUGUUUAACUACGUUGUAUCUAUUUGCGAAGAUCCGACCGCAACUUUUGGUUAAUUAUGCAAUGACUUUACAGCCUUAUCUAAAUUUGAAAUGUCAAACACAAGGAGAUUAUCAAAUAAUAAGUAGCGUUGCGCACACUCUCGAGUUAGUAGUACCAUUGAUGGAACAUCCAAGUGAAACAUUCUUAGCACAGUUAGAAGAGGAUUCGGUUAAAUUAAUUCUACAACACGAUAGAUCGGUCGUAGCGAGUUGUUUGUCGUGUUUAGGUUCUAUAGUGAACAACGUUACGAGGAACUUUAAAUUAAUACGAGAUUGUUUUAAGAAAUACUAUGGCCAUUUAACGGAGUACAAAUCGCUAUUUGAGAAAGAUCCAUCUAAUCCAAUGUUAUUGAAGUAUAGACCAUUUUUCAGAAGAGCAUUAUUCACAGUCGGUUUGCUACUAAGGCAUUUUAAUUUUACUGAUCCGGAGGUCAUCGAGGGUUUGGCAGACAACAUAAAGGAUCAAGUAUUUGAAACAUUAAAUUAUUUCGUCCAUCAAGAUAAUGACGAUAUACGUCAUUUCACAUUAUCUGCUAUUGGUUCUCUUUGUAUACGCCAUUAUGAAUUCAUGAUGGUUCCUGAAUUGAAGGAGCUUUAUCAUCAUUUUCUUACAUCUGAGAAUGCUUUGGUUCACAUGAGAAUUCAAGUUUUAAAUAACAUCGAGAUAUAUCUUCAGGAGGAAGAAAAGAGAAUGAUAAAGCAGGACUUGGAAUGGUCGAAGAUGUCAAAACAAGAGAACUUGAAAGAAAUGGGAGAUGUUUCGUCGGGAAGGGCUAGUACCGUGAUACAGCUCUAUAUCAAACAAAUAUUGGAAUCUUUCUUACAUGUUAACAUAAGCAUUAGACAUGCUGCCCUCAAAGUAAUACAAUUGAUCUUGACUCAAGGUUUGGUGCAUCCUGUGCAAAUAGUACCUUACUUGAUUUGCAUGAGCACGGAUUGCGAAAAAGUUGUAAGUCACAGUGCAGACAAACAGCUGCAGGAUAUCGAGAAGAAGUACCCUGGCUUCAUUCAUAUGAAGUCACAGAUUGGUAUUAAACUAAGUUUUCGAUUACAGAAGAUAUUACAGAAUGACAACAAUGUAAGAGGUAUGCGAAUUAAAGAGGGCGAAUUUCCUGGUGCACUCAAUGGUUUUCUAUAUACUAUCUUAAGAAAUACGAAACAACAGAGAAGGGCGAUUGUUUUGUCGUUUUUAAAACAAUUCGAUGAAUGCGCCAAAACAAGUUUAUCUCAAAUGUUGUACUUGGCUGAUAAUCUUGCUUAUUUCACAUAUCAGGUACAAGAUGAGCCGCUAUUUAUCAUCCACCAUAUCGAUAUUAUCAUAUCGAUGUCAGGUACAAACUUGCUGCAGUCUUUUAGAGAAGCCUUGCUGCCUAAGGAAGGAAGUAAUCAAUCGACGUCGCAUCACCAUCACCAUCAUCACCAUCAUCAUCACAAUCAGCAGCAGCAGCAAUUUCAACAACAACAUCAACAACAGAUACAGCAGGAGCAGCAUUUGCAACAAGAGCAGCAGCUGCAACAGCAGUUACAGCAACUGCAACUGCAACAGCAACAUCAACUGCAUUUGCAACAGCAACAACUGCAACAGCAGCAGCAGCAGCAUAUGCUGAUACAAGAACACCGAGAUCAGCAAUUGAUUCAACCGCCUAUGCAACUACCUAUGCAACCACCUAUGCAACCACCUAUGCAACCACUUAUGCAACCACCUAUGCAACCACCUAUGCAACCACCUAUGCAACCACCUAUGCAACCACUUAUGCAACCACCUAUGCAACCACCUAUGCAACCACCUAUGCAAUCACCUAUGCAACCACUUAUGCAGCCGGUAGGAAUAGUAGGGUCGAGCGAACAGCCUCGUACAGAAAACAUCUUAUCUUUGGUAGACGAGGAAGACGACGAGGAAGACGAGGAAACGAUUCUAGGAAGAUUACCAAGCGAUACGACUUUGCUUCGAGAGUACAUUACAGCCAGUCAAGGUUUCCUCUUGCUACUUACAUUGAGACAACAUCUAAAAGAUCUUUAUGGUUUCUCCGAUGCAAAAAUUGGUCAAUAUUCGCCAUCUGAAGGGGCCAAGAUUUACGAGAAAGCCGUGAAUCGUAAAAAUAAUCUCCUAUUCAAACCCAAGGCGACGUUACAGAGGCUGAAGGAAGGUGUAAAUACUGCGGAACUUGACACCGAGGGUAGGAAAAAAUUAGUGAAAGAGUAUUUGGACUUUAAACAAUUAAUGUUGAAGUAUGAUCCUGAAGAGCCAGACGAAGGUGAGGACGGUGAUACUAGUGGGAAACAAUGUAACACUGAUAAUAACCAAUCAUCGAGGAUUCCCAAUCUCGAGGGUGAUAAUAAACUGACCGAUGGUGCAGUGACGAGCAAUUCUUUGGUAAAUGCUCAAUAUCAUCCAAAUGCGACGCUGAAUUCAUCUAUCGAGCACUCGAACAAUUCAAUGAACUCGACAUUGACAUCGACUCCGACGUCUCCACGUGUACCCAAACUUACCAUACACCCGACGAAUCCUGACAUGAAGGAACAUCGUAAGCAUCGCGCGCACAAGACGGAAAAAGUGAAGAAACACAAGAAGAAGAAGAGGAGAAGAAUCUCCGAUAGUAGCGAGAGCGGGGAGGAUUAUAGUGACCCUGAUUUUCUAGUGUGAUGAGUGCGGUGGUAUCGGGCCCUGUGUGUACAUAGACUUAUACUCCUUCGGAGUUUUUAGAAUAUUUAAAAAGGCGAGGAGCUGUUCUGGUAUCACCAUAUGAAUAUAUAUAUACACAUAUACAUUAUUAUACACAUAUAUAUGUAUAUACUGUAUAUCAGAUCAGAUGAUUUUUAUCGAUGAUACCAGUGCUGCUCUUUAAACUCUCAUAAAAAGAAAAUAAGCGCAAUGAACUUUUGUUAAGUGAAAUGGGAUGAUUUUGCAGAAAAGUACUAACAAAAAAAGGAUAUACUGUAUAAAGUGAGAGAAAGUAAAUGAUAGAAUUAGAGUAUGAGAGUAUGUGUGUGUGUGAGAGAAAGAGAGAGAGAGAGAGAGAGAGAGAGAGAGA